UGCCCUUUACCGCCGGACUGACACGUAGUUAUAUAACGGUCCAACAGUCUGGCAGCUCAGGGACGAGAAGGGAGUCGGUUUGAGGGGAAAAUGUCUUUUCUCGCAGUGUUUGUCCUUUUGGGGACAGGACUGACGGUCCACGGCAUUAAAUCCAAUGUGGUCUGCACGGACUCUACAAUGAAAAUAGAGGUUGAGAAAGCUCCAUCAGUCCAUGAGGAUCAUCUGAAGCUCAAUGACCCCGCAGGUGGCGCCUGCAGCCUGAAGAAACUCUCCACCAGAACUCACAUCAUCGCUGUUUUCCCCCUCACUGCUUGUGGCACUCAGAUGGAGGAAGAUGACAACAACCUCUUUUUCAAGAAUGAACUCACCAUGGUCGACGAUCUCGCUAAUGUCAUCACAAGGAGGAACCUGGUGGAAGUUCGGUUCUACUGCCAGUACCCCAAACGGGGGAAUGUGACACUGGGCUUCACAGCAAACAGGAAGAAUAUCACCGUCUGGGAGAAAGGCUUCGGCACAUUCACAUAUCAGUUUUUCUUCUAUCCUGACGACAAAUUCAAAACCUCAAUUCCUGUGGGUGAUGACCCUCAAGUGUAUAACAUGGGGGACAGGAUUUACAUGCAGAUAGAAGCCACCUCUACAGUCCGCAACACCGAGCUGUUUGUGGAGACCUGCAUAGCUGCUCCUUAUAACAACCCAAACACCAGACCAUCAUACACCAUCAUUGAAAAUGGGUGUGAAAUUGACAUGACUCUUACAAUCCAUUCCUCCCCCCACGAGAGAAAGUUCAGAUUCAGCAUGGACUCCUUCAAGUUCAUCGGCUUGUAUGACCAGGUGUACAUCAUCUGUGAAGUCAUGAUGUGUAAACUGGGGAACCCCAACAGCAGGUGCUCGAAGGGAUGCGUAGCCAGUUCACAUCGCCACGGGAAGAGAGAGGCUGUCAUCCAGAGCGCCCUGCACCGUGUGUCCCAGGGGCCCAUCCGCUUGAAGAGAUCAGCAGAGCUCACAGAAAGGCCAGUGAACCUGAACCUGAAUCUGAACCUGGUGUUCAUCGCUGGAUGUCUUCUUGCCACUGUUGGUAUGAUCAGUGGAGCCGUCGUGUACAGAGCCAAAGUGUCAGGGGUCAAAUACCACCCUCUGGCUGAAUUUGACACUUAAGAGAGCAGCAUGAGCAGAAUACCAGUCUUAUAUUAAUCACAUUUUAAUAUACAAAGCUAUUUUUUAAAUUAAUUUUGCUAUCAAAUAUUGGUUCGUGUAUCUAAAUUACACAUUUAAAUGGAUGAAUCCUAUAUUAACAUCUUCAGAAGAGUCUCCAGCUGCAAGGAAAAACUGUUCCUGUGCACAAAGGGAACCAGAGACCAGUUUUAUAUUAAACAACCCUGAAAAGAUCAACUAGCACUGCGGCUGCUGGGUGUUCAGUUGUGGUCUUCCCUGUUGUGGGAUCCCAUGUAGCUUUGCAACUGCUUCUAAUACUGUGUUUUACAGCAUGGUUUAUAUGAUCCCUCCUCUGGAUGCCAGCACUGCAUGUCAAAAGCUGUUUAUGGUUAGACCACAGUCUAAUAUGAUACACUUGGGUAAUGGAUCAAUAAAACGUAUAAUUCUUAAA